AUGUCCCCAAUAUCCGCCACAGGCGACAUGGAGGCCAAGCUUGGAGGCGGACUGGUGUUUAGUUUCCGGCCCUCUGUAAUUAUCAAUGUCGGGGUCGACCUGAGGGGGAAGCAGUACAUCAACACGGACAUUGAGCUGAGUGUACCAGGAUCAAUUCGGUUUGACGCUGCUCUCAGCACUUCUUGCGUCGACGGCGUCAAGUUUGAUGUUAGCGGGAAGUUGGGAGUGGACUUCAGUGUGUCCCACGGUCUCCCGGGGUGGGACAGCGCCAAUUACCAUUGGGUGGAUAGCACAGAGGGCACCAUAUUCUCAGAAUGUGUACCGUUCAGUGUUCUUGCAAAACGAGCGCUUGAAGGCAACCUUGUCUCACGAGCAUCCGAGGAACCAUUAGAACUCCCUGAAAGCACUCGAUCAACUUGCGCUUAUUCUUCCAAGGGUGUGUACUGUGCCGACGACGACGACCAAGAAGAACUGGAUUGCAACAUGAAUACUCUGGAUUCAAAUACAGCCACGGAGGAUGCCGAGAACGAACUAAUGCGCCGAGGCGUCCUGGCCCCACGCAACUCGAAAAUUCUCCCUUACUGCAAUACCAAAGGUGCCAGUGGCUAUGAGGGAUUCCAUGACGAUAACCAGGGAAAGAUAAAGUUCUCCAAUUAUCCUUCCUCUUCGGAGCUUGUCAGUAAUUAUUACCCUAAUGCGGCUACCUAUGACGCAGAAGAUCCAAACUCGUGCACCAACCUCAACUUGGUAAAGCUCGCGAAGACUCCACAGCAGCCGAGUACACCCACCGCAAAUCAGGGGCGGAAGUAUGAUAGCGAGCAUAUCCUGGAGGGCCAAGUUGUCCAACGGUUCUUCAACGCGCGAGGAAUGGCGUGGUCUAACAAGACCGCACCAACGGCACUUGCCAACACGGCCGCACGAAAAUACCCGGACCCAACGAAAGGUGCAAAGGACGAGCUAGCAUGGUGUCUCUACAUGCAAAAGUGGUGGCAACCAGAGGAGCCAAAGAAUGGAAAGGAUGAAACGUGGAUACCCAACACCGUUCUGGGUGGCGAGUAUCCGGGCUACCAUUGGCACUACACGGAUGAAAUGGUGCUCUUGGAGGCUCUCUUAAACCAGCAAGUAAAGCAAGGUUGGUUUUCCGGCAACAAGCUGUACCACGAGAAGGCAAUGAGUACGUACAUCAAAAAAGGCCAAUGGAGCCUAUACGCCAAGACCCUCAAAGCCCAUAUAUUGAUGUGGCAAUACUACAACAUCGACUCCAUCAAGAAGACCCUCGUGAAACAGGCGAAUCGAAUAGAGACAAAGCUGAAAGACCUUGAAGACACUGAGAUCAUGAAGAACCUGGGUACAAAGUACGACAAGCCUUAUAUUUCCCAGGGCCUUUCCGCGCUAUGGAAAGAGUGGGUACGGAGUGACCACAAACGCGUUGAGAGCGAUGUGAAAAAGUUCUUGAUCCUCUGGACGAAAAGGGCAUACGACCUUAAUCGACCAGAUGAUCCCAAGGUAAACCUACAGCCUGGACAGAUGCGGCAGAAGAACAAAGCUAUUGUGACGGUGUUUGAAGUCUACCUCGCUGCCGUUCAGAACUUGCAGGCAUGGGACAUUGAUUGGGAUAUGGACACUAGUGACGAUGAUGACGGGAUGGACAUCGAUUGA